AUUUGAUUCGAAUAUGGUUUGCUCAUUGACCAUAGCAUCAAGAAUUCAUCGAUCGCGAUUGACCAGUGUCUAUCAUCAAUGGUUUACGAUGAGCAUGAUGAAUACCUCGUCAUUAUCAUCGGAAGUAAAACUAGAUAAAUAUGAUCAAAGCCAAAUUGAUUUGCUCAAUGAAAAAUGCAUUCUGGUCGACGAAAAUGAUCAAGUGAUUGGCAGUGAAUCGAAAAAAGCCUGCCAUUUGAUGACCAAUAUUGACAAUGGUCUUUUACAUCGUGCCUUCAGUGUUUUGAUAUUCGAUUCAAAUCGACGAUUUCUUCUGACACAAAGAUCAGACAAGAAAAUCACAUUUCCCGGUUAUUAUACCAAUACUUGUUGUAGUCAUCCGUUGUAUACACCGUUAGAAAUGGAAUCGGACGAUGCUAUCGGUGUCAAACGUGCCGCUCAACGGCGUCUUCAACUGGAAUUGGGUAUCAAUCCGUUAGAGAUACCGCUGUCCGAAAUGAAAUUCAUGACUCGUUUUUUGUACAAAGCACCAUCCAACGAUAUCUGGGGUGAACAUGAAGUUGAUUAUGCAUUGAUCGUUCAUCGUGAUGUCAACGUUAAUCCCGAUCCAGAUGAAGUAAAAUCCUAUCGAUUUGUUGGCCGUGAUGAAUUGCUACCAUUUUUGGAUGCUGAAAAUGAACGUGGUUCACCUACUACACCAUGGUUCCGGAUAAUGUUGGAUAAAUUCUUUUUCAAAUGGUGGGAUAAUCUUGAUAAUCUAGAUCAAUUUGUUGAGCCGGAUAAAGUUUACAAACUUUAGUUAUUUUUACCAAAAAAAAAAUUACAAAAAUUGUUUAUGACGACUGCAUUCAUCGCCACUGGAUGGCACCACUAUUUUUAUUUUGAAAUUUUUUAUU